CUCGGAUCUUGUUUCUUCUUAGAUUCAUCUCCCUUCAUCUCCCUUCAUCUCCCUUCAUCUCCCUUCAUCUCCCUUCAUCUCCCUUCACCUCCCUCCAUUUCACCACUUCUCUCCGUAAUAACAACCGAAAAAGCUCGACGUGUUUACGACAUGGCUUAGGCGCCCGCCACCGCUUCAAUGGGAUAUUGCUAGCUCCUGUCGCCAUGGUAGAGGCCGCAACCAGCGAGCCCUUCUCCCAUCAUGUCCCUUCGAUUCUUCCCAACUCCAACUCCUGAUCCCUGGACACAUCGGGAAGAGGACUGGUCUCUCGCACGAACCAACUCGCAACCUAAAUCUACAUCUCGAGUCGACUCGGACACCUCCCAUCAGCAAACCCCCAACGGUUCCAACCCCUCGAGCGGAGAUCCCUCGACCGAACCUGCUGCUGCUGCUGCUGCUGCACAGCAAACACCACUCUCCGUUCCACACAAGAGAUGGGUCGUUGCCGAUCACAUUGCUUUCGAAUACCUGAAAGCAGAUCGAUCCGUCACCGUUGUCGAGCGACGUAGCGUCCUGCGAGGAUACGAGCUGUACCUAGUCGAACAAUGGGCCUGCUCUCGAGAGUCACCCACCCUCGUCAUCGUGACCUACACCGGCGAUGAGAGACAUUCCGUUGUCGUUGUGGGUGUGGUGUCCGUCCCGGCCGACGAGACAACCUGGUCUCCCAGGCUGCGGCUGUAUGCCAACGCCAUCCACCAAUACCAUGCGCGACCCAAGGAGACGGACCUAGGGCAGGUCAUGGUGACCAACCUCAGCAACUUCCCAUCGGCACUUACCGUGAUCCCCGUGCCGGAUGGCGAUAUACGGAAGCACCGCCAGAGCUUCAUCGUCAACGAGAAUCUGAAGCGUCUGGGUUGCUCUGGUCGAUCGGGCAUGACCCUCACGAACCCCACUCCGGCCACCCAAGCCAAGUUUUACCAACUCUACAAGGUCAGCGAUCGACCGCCUUUCUACGAAUCCGUUCUCGAGCUCGUGAGGUCGUGCCAGCUGGCAUUGUUUCUGUUCGGCAAGCUCGAGCCGCUGUACUGUGACGGCCUCCUCUGCGACAAGACCGAGACGGCUAUCGGGAACUGGUGGACCGAGCUUGGCGCCGAAUACUACAACGUCGAACCUACCGACGGAAUCCUCGGCCCCACCACCGUGGCCGCCUUGCUCGGCAUGCUCAUGGGAGCGAGGAACCGCCUCCACUACCUCGGAGCACAGGUGGCCAAGGACGUGUUCGACAUGGAUGCCACCAAGAGGGGCAUUUCCUCAUUUCAAAAGGCCCACAAACUAGAGAGGACGAAGAGGCUAGACCGUCAGACCAUCUUCAAGCUUCACAGCGUCACCGCCAAGCCGGCAAAGGGCGAAGGCUGGGGGGUCCAGAAAGCGGUCAAGUCCACCGUCGCCGAGAUUGGCGGCAAAAGGGGCGAGCUGGUCAUUGGCAUGGUCGGCGGCCGGGACAAGGGCGGCAUCGCCGACAUUGAGACCCUCGACAUUGUGAAGUUUGUCGAUCUUGUUUCUGGCGAGCGGGCGAAAUGGCUAUGGUACGGUAAGCCCAAGAAAGCGGCCCCCGAUUCCAGCGAGAAGGCGGCCGAAAUGGGCGGCAUCCUCUUGCGGAAAGACGACACCGCUUCCGCCGCCGCCGCCGCCGCGACUCCUGCUGCUGCUGCUGCUGCUGCUGCUGCUUUUCCCAGUAAACGUGCGCAGUCCUUACCGGUCGAGGAAGACACGCAACGGACCAAGGAGGAAACCCCUCCCCUUCCCUCCGCUCAGGUGCCCGUCUCAGCCGUCACCAUGCCCGAGAGCGGCUCGGCGGAAAAGGACGCCCUCAGGAAAACCGUUUUCAAGUCGGUGGCCGGUCGGGUGAGCGACGCUCGGUCCGGCCUGGGCCGUAUCAAAGAUACAAUCGGAGGUGGCCGCAGAGGUCAUUCGAGUCGCCCGAGUAGGGACGAACAUGCAGAGAGCGGAUACGCGAACGCGAACCCCAGUAUAUCCGCCCUUGCCAGCUCUGCCGCCGCUAUCGGGUCGCCCACCGCCGUCAAUCGGGUUUUCACCUGGCACAACAAGCCGGAGGAGUAUGUCAACGCCAUGCGCAAAGAGAGCGAGCAGCAGCAGCAGCAGCAGCAGGGGCAGUUCUAUCCGCCGUCGAGGUCAUCACAGGAUUUUGUGGACAGGAGUGCGGGUGCCGAGUCGGGCAACCAGCAAUCAUCUGCAGGCCCGGGCUCCUCGGCGGUCGGGAGCGAGCGGAAUCACCACGUGAAUGGAGCUAUCAAAGAAGAGGAAGACGAAGGCCAAGAUGUAAGGGCAUCCGUCGCAGGUUCAGCCCUGGACGGCGAUCUUCUGGGGCCGUUGGAAGCGGAGCGGUCCGAAAACGCCGGUGCCCUCUACUUGCAGCGGAGACACAGCAUCAUCUGCCUGUCGAGGCCGCCAGAUGCUACCAUUGAUGAAGCGCGAUGGCCCCGCCGCCUUUCGUUCGGUGACGCCGUGGAGGCCGUCUUACGCUGGGACGAUGACAUGGCCGGCAUAGACCCCCCAGAAAGCACAAGCACAAGCACAAGCACAAGCACCAAGCCCUCCGACCCCGCCGCCGCGUUCCGCCAGCAAGCCGCCGUCGCCGAGCUGGCCCGCACGCUCUACAGCUCCGUCCGCACGGUCCGCGACGGCAUCUCGCCCUGGGUGGCCUCCAAGGUCUCCUCCGUCGAGGACCUCGAAGCGCACUACGGCCGCGAGAAGGACGCGCUGCAGACGCUCUACUACCAGCUGUCCGAGGCGUACCGGCGCGCGCGGCGGGGCUCGGCCGAGCUGGUGGCCGCCGAGCGGGAGCGGGUGGUCGAGGCCGUCCGCGAGGUCGAGGUGCUGGUCGCCCGGCUCGAGUACGAGGUGACGGCGCUGGGGGGCAAGGUUGGUGAUCUCGAGGACGGGGUGCGGGUGUUUGAGCGGCAGGUUGAGGAUGUGGAGGUGCGCGCCCAUGAGCUCAAGGUUGCGCUGGAGACGGAGACCUGGUUGCAUUGGGCGGUGCGGACGGUGACGGGCGUGGGGACUGGGCCGAACAUCACGAGGGGCCAAGAGACCUGA